AUGCUUUUCAAUGAUCAGACGUCCAUGCGCUAUGUGUUAGAUUUUCGUGCAACGGCUAGUCAACAAUUUCAAGUUUUAAGAGAACUCUGCAAAUUCUCACAAACGGCUAUGUAUAAUGAUAUUGAAGCGUUCUACGAUGAUGAACUCAUCUCAGCUUACUUAUUAAGUGAGUCUUUCUUAGAAUCUGAAAUGGUAUCAACUACUGAAGCCUUCCGAACAAGUAGCGUCGCGAAUUUUCUUCGUUCUCUUGCAUUUGCUCGCAUGUACGUAUUUGGAAAUCAAUUCAUGACUGGAAUUCAAAAUGCUUACAUGUUACAACUGUACUCAGAAGAUGGGAUAAACUGGUAUGGGGUACAAGACCUAACUUUAUUUGGACAACACGGAACUAUUGCUCAGUGCCAGUGCUCUGUAUCUGCCACUUGUAAUAUGUGGUCUGCCUUCUACAACUAUACGGACACCGACACGCGUGGAUAUUUUUAUUGGUCAACAUCCACCGUAACUCGUCAAGUAGCAAACUGGUUCGCCGGCUGUUGGCCCUUAGAAUCACUCCUUAUGUCAUCACUCAACAACAGUUUCUUGAAUAAUCAAAAUGAACUCGAUGCCAUAGCAACAUAUUUCAAUUGGUCGUCAAAUUCGACACCUACCGCUCUGAAUAUACAGAAAGCAACAGAUCAAAGUGUCACGUUCAAUGAUACUCUUGCGAAUUUAUUCAUAGAGAAUAUCUCAGCAGAACUCAACUAUUCACUUUAUUUUACUCAAUGUCGUCCAAGGUCGUGUUUUUAUUCAAUCAAUCAACACUCGAGCUUUUUAUACAUAUUUACUGCUCUUCUUGGACUGUAUGGAGGUCUAUCGGUUGUUCUUCGAUUACUGAUUCCAUAUGUGGUCGGCUACACAGUUCGAUAUUUCACUAAAACACCGCGUCAACAUCCUUCUGACAAUAUCGAGACACCAACGCAGACAUGGACACAACGAGUACAGACACUAGCAAAACUAAUAUGGCAUUCUCUUGUUAAUCUCAAUCUAUUCAAAUCAGCACUUCGACAACAACCAUCGGAUAUCAAACAACAACGUUGGACAACACGAAUCUAUAUUACACUACUCAUUGCUGCUCUUGCCAUUUUAACACUUUAUGGACUAUUGAACUUCGAAAUGAAACUGAUUCAAGUCAACGAACCUUCAUUCAGUACUGUACAACAAUUACAGACUCAGUCUCAGUUCAACUUAAUUUCUUCUCUACAAUGUCCAUGUACAAAUUUAACGGUACCGUAUGAUCAAUUCAUUCAACUCCAGCCAUUCUAUCAUCAAAUAUGCUCGAGCGAUUUCGUAUCGGAUCGUUGGAUAGAUGCUUUAUCUGCUCUGGAAAUUGAGUACCUGUUCCAAUCCGGUGUAACUUACUAUGACAGUAGUGCUUUUAUGGCAACCGAGCCGCUAUUUGUACUUCUGAAAGCUCUGUGCAAUUUUUCUACUGAAACAGUUGCCAAUUCACUGCACAGGUUUGAACAAACUCAAUUAGUCGGUACUCAAUUGCUUACAGCGGAUGAAUUUACAAAUCAAAUGUCUUCUGCUAUCAAUCAAUUUGAACUGGAAACUACAAACACCUUUUUACAUUUCCUUCAACUUCUGCGUAAUAUUACACAUGUGAACCAAAUUCUAUCUGGCUCAGGUAGCAGUUUUAAUAUUACAAUUGCCGGCCCACCUAACUAUACUACCUCUUUGUCUAUAAUGACUUACAACGAUGAUAAUUCAUCCAAUAUAUGUUCGUGUGCAAAUGAUUCAAGCUGUAAAUCGAAUAUAGGCUUAUUCAUUGGAGAACCAGCAACUAUCCGAGUAUAUUCACUACCUGAGUUCUAUUUUGCGUGUCAACCAGUUGAAUCACUUUUACAAUCAACACUUAAAUGUUUCUACGACGAUCAAGACUGUUUGGACAUUAUUAUCAACUUUUAUAAUGUGUCAUCUUUUAACAACUUUACUCGACUCAAUUCUUCUUCUCAUGCAAGUCAUUUUAUGAGAAACAGCACAAUUGAUUCUCUGCUUUCAAAGAUGUUCAUUGAAUCUUGGUCUAACUCUACAAAUUAUUCAUCCUAUGUUGCUCAAUGUCAACCAUCGUCAUGUUCCUAUACGAUUCCACAACGCAAUAAUCUACUCGAAACAAUAACAAGAAUUGUUGGACUGAUCGGUGGACUGUCUGUCUCUCUUCGCAUUCUUGUUCCAUUUCUAGUCAUGGCAUGUAUUGAAGUCAUUCGGCGCUUGUGUUCACAACAUCAACAAACACUCACAGAAGCGACUUCUCCUCUGUCACAUGUUAUGAGAGUCGGUACUAAGAUUCGAGAUUGGUUUAAGAAAGUGAAUGUAUUCGAAGAUACAAAUCGUACAAUCACUAUUGAACAACAAUGUGCCGCAACACAUGUCUAUUUACUUCUUCUCAUCAUUUCAUUAUUCAUUAUCGUGCUCUACACUUCGUUGACCUAUUAUUUGAAUACAUUCACAAUAACAAAACCAUCUCUCGAACAAUAUCAGCAGUUACAACAACGCUACGGAUCAGAUGCCGUUAGUUGUCCAUGUUCUCGAUUGUCUAUUACGCAUUCAUCAUUUAUCACAUUACAAUGCAACUUUCAUUCAGUGUGUACGAGUCCUUUCACUUCUGACGCAUAUCUACAGGAAUUGUUUCAAUUAUACAAUACUUUGGAUUCGACAUAUGCAACAUCAAACGCAUUCACUCUUCAAGGCACCAUUUUCAGUCAUUUUCAAGCUCUUGCUGCCUUGUGUAAUUUGGUAAAAGAUUCUGUUAAUGAUGCUCAACAACAAUAUCUUGUUUCCUACAUCAUCUCCACCCUUAUGAUUGACUUCGAUCUGUUCGAGAAAGAGACAAAUGCAUCACUCAACGAAUUCCAGUUAACAUUACCGAAUUCAUUUUUAAAUUCGCUUCAAAUUAUACGUGGUCUGAUGCAAGGUAAUGGAUUCGUCUCCGCCUAUUCAACAAACUGGUAUUAUAUUACCAAGAACAUUAAUCUGGGUAGUAUGCUUUAUCUGAAACCACAGUAUUAUGGCAGUGACAUGUGUAAUUGCGCAACAUUGUCGACAUGUACCCAAUCGUCAACACCUUACAUUAAAGGCUAUCUUGUUGGUUGUACUCCACUUGAAUCACUCCUUCAAAGUACACUCGAAUGUCUCUACGAACAGCCUUGCAUUGAUCUUCUCACUACCUAUUUGAAUAUGUCUUUAUCUAGUCAUCUUGUGCCAUUGAACAAGAGUGAAACUCGUUUUUCUACAGACGAUACCGUAAACUCUAUUGUUGAACAAAUGUUUGUUGAAACGUGUUCAUCAAGUGUCUCAUAUAAUCAAUUUUUUGAACAAUGUAAACCUGAUUAUUGUUCAGUGACAAUAUUCGAGCCAGGCAGUUUUAUCAUUGUUAUCACCACGAUUUUGGGUCUUUAUGGUGGAUUGACAACUUUUCUCAAACUCGUCGUUCCCUUCGUCGUCUUUUCUACUUAUAAACUAGUUAGAAAAUAUAAGCGAAGAGCUCAAGUUGGAAUUCAACAGAUUCCAACAACUUCUUUGGAUAAUAACACGAUAUCGGUUGAUAAUACCGAUCAUGCCGAACGUCUUUUCAUCGUAUCCAACCAACAUUCAGAUCUCAGUUCAAACACUCUAGAUUCACUAAAUGUUUCCGGAGAUGUUGUUGCUUUAGGAUCGGUGCCCACAGAUCGAUUUAUUCUAACAAGUUUCCUCACAUCAAUACUACGCUAUCACAAGCUUAUCAUUGGGUUUAUUUUAUUUACAAUUGUAGUAGCCGCCAUCAUUAUUCCAUCUGUUUAUCUUACUCGAUCAAAUCAGGAAGAGGAUCAAUCUGUGCUAACAGUCGUAUCGUGUACAAAUUUGAAUUUCGCAGUAGCAGUUCCAUAUGCAGUGGGAGCCAGCCCUAGGAUGGUUGCCAUUGGUGAUUUCAAUGGCGAUGGAAUACUAGAUUUUGCCGUUCUCAAUAAUGGUGGAAACACCGUGAGCGUGCUCCUUGGAGUCGGGAGUGGGCGUUUUGGAUCACAAACAACAUUUCCAACUGGUAGUAGCCCAUACUCAAUUGCUGUCGGUGAUUUAAAUGGCGAUGAUCGAUUAGAUCUUGCCGUUGUCAACUAUGGUGAUGACACUAUGAGUGUGUUACUUGGAACCGGCAGUGGAAGUUUUGGAUCACAAACAAUCUACUCAACUGGUUUUCAGCCGUACUGGAUCGUUCUCGGAGAUUUGAAUAGUGAUGGCCGAUUAGAUCUUGUUGUUGCCAACUACUACUCGAGCAAUGUGGGUGUGUUUAUUGCGAUCGACAAUGGAAAUUUCGGAUUACAAACAACAUACCCUACUAUCGCUAAUCCAAGCUCCAUUACUAUCAAUGAUUUUAAUGGUGAUGCUCAUCUAGAUCUAGUCGUUAUCUCCUGGCACUGGCCCACCAUAAGUAUGCUACUUGGAACCGGUAGUGGGACUUUUCGGCUACAAACAACGUUUUCAAUUAAUUUUCUACCGCAGAGCGCCGCUGCCGGUGAUUUUAACGGCGAUGGUCGAGUAGAUCUUGUUGUCACUAACUACAAAUCGUCAGUGACCAAUGUGGGUGUACUUCUUGGGAACGGUGAUGGAUCUUUUGGAUUACAAACUAUGUUUUACGCUGGGCCUGGUUCUACGCUGCAGUGGAUCGCUACCAAUGAUUUCAAUGGUGACGGUAUAACCGAUGUUGCCGUCGUCAACUAUGUCAGUCGCCCCGUGAUACGUAGCGUUAGUAUGCUCCUUGGAACCGGGAACGGAUCUUUUGUAUUAAAAACUACAAUUGCAACUGGAAAUGAUUCUUACGUGUAUGGAUUCGCUGUCGCUGAUUUCAAUAACGAUGGUCGAUUAGAUCUUGCUGUUCCCGAUUCUAAUACAAAGAACCGUGUGAACAUUUUUCUCAGUACAUGUACAUGA